AUGGUGAAGAUGGAUAGUAGAGUACAGCCAACGCAGCAGUCUCUGCAAUCAUUAAAUAGGAAGACUGAAACUGAUAGUAGUAACGAUAGCGAUCAUGAUAAUAAUGAAGAAGAAUUCCAUUUCCCUAAAACCAUUAGAUCAGUGUGGGAAUCAUUAAAAUCAUCGACUUCUCGAUAUCAAUCAUUAUCAUCAACAGAGAAUGAGAUAUCGAAAUUCUUUGAAAAAUUACAUCAAUAUCUAAUCAUUGAGGAACAUAAAUUAAAGAAAGAUAUAAUCAAUGAAAAAGAUAUUAUCAUUAAUCAAAUAGAUAAUAAUAUUAAUCAUUUGAAAUAUUUAGUUCAAAUUAUAAAUAUAAAUAAUAAAUUAAAUAACAGUAAUAACGAUGAUAGUAGUUCUGAUAAUGAAGAUAACAUUUAUGCGAGUAGUAAUAGUUAUGAUAAUCAAUCAAUAGUUACAGAUACUAUAGAACAAUAUUCUACAACAACAAUAAUGGAAUCAAUCUUGACAAGUUCAACAUUAAAAUCAUUCAUCACUGAUAAUAAUCAAACAUUGUUCAAUGAACAUCAUGAUCCUUUCAAUUUUGAUGAACUUAUCAAACAACACAACAAUGAUUCAUCAUCAUUAUUAUUGGAUAUCAUUAAUAAAUACAAAAAUCAAAUCACUUCAAUAUAA